CUGCUGUAAGGGAUCCUGCUCAUCACCAUGAAAGCUCUCCUGGGCAGCUUUGUGGUCCUUGCCACCUUUAUGACUUCAUGCAAUGCCCAGUGCUACUUCAUACCAGGUACCGAACCUGGUAUGAAUUUAACUGAUGAAUGCCAGGAUACUGAUGGAGCCAAAUACCCAGUUCACAAGACUUGGCAGACUGAAAACUGUUUUGAGUGCACCUGCAACGAAGAGGGAAUUCAGUGUUGCAAUAAAGUUCCUGUGCCUUCAGGUUAUGACAGACUCAACUGCAAGACUAUCUUCUAUAAGGAGAACUGCACGUAUAGCGUGGUGGAGCGAGAUGACCCAGGAAAGAUAUGUGAUGUCAACAGCUGGGUAUUGUAGAGAACAAGAUCCCAUGAGUAGCAUCAGCCUGCCCAAUCCAGGCCCAUUUUUCAACAGCCUUGAUAUUCUGUG